CAUCGUUUUUCAGUAAAAAAAAAAGCUUUUUUUGUCAGAGCAGAAACAAGAGAAAAAAGAGUUGAAAGAUUAUCCCGUGCGGCCAUGGCAGCUCGCAGAAUAUCUUCACUGCUCACUUGUUCACUCUCUGCUUCAUCAUCUGUAUCUUCUUCUCUGCUUUCAUCUAUAGGGAAAAGCAGUGGUAGGUAUGCAAGUGUGAAGAGGUUUAGCAAUGCUGCGGCUCUGGAAGAUCUGGUCGUACCUCCUGUUCAAAUAUCUUACACUCAACAUUUAAUUGAUGGGAAAUUUGUAGAUGCCGCAUCAGGGAAAACAUUCCCUACCUAUGACCCCCGUUCCGGAGAAGUGAUUGCACGUGUUGCUGAAGGUGAUGCCGAAGAUAUUAAUCGAGCAGUCGCCGCUGCUCGUGAGGCGUUCGACGAGGGACCAUGGCCGAAAAUGACUCCCUAUGAACGGUCACGGAUUCUUUUGCGGUUUGCCGAUUUGGUUGAGAAACAUAGUGAGGAGCUUGCGGCAUUGGAGACAUGGAAUAAUGGAAAGCCUCACGAGCAGGCUACUAAAUCUGAAUUGCCGUUGCUCGUACGUCUUUUUCACUACUAUGCAGGUUGGGCAGAUAAGAUCCAUGGGCUAACAGUUCCGGCUGAUGGACCUCACCACGUUCAGACAUUGCAUGAGCCAAUAGGUGUUGCAGGACAGAUUAUUCCAUGGAACUUUCCUCUUCUCAUGUUUGCUUGGAAGGUUGGGCCUGCAUUGGCAUGUGGCAAUACCAUUGUCUUAAAGACUGCUGAGCAAACUCCAUUGACUGCUCUCUAUGUGGCUAAGCUGUUCCAAGAGGCUGGUCUCCCUCCAGGUGUUUUGAAUGUAGUUUCUGGCUAUGGUCCAUCAGCUGGUGCUGCUCUUGCCAGCCACAUGGAUGUAGACAAGGUUGCAUUCACAGGAUCAACUGAUACUGGAAAGAUUGUGCUUGAAUCGGCUGCAAGAAGCAAUCUGAAGCCGGUGACGUUAGAGCUCGGAGGAAAAUCGCCAUUCAUAGUAUGCGAAGAUGCUGAUGUUGACCAAGCCGUGGAGCUUGCUCAUUUUGCCUUGUUCUUUAAUCAGGGGCAAUGCUGCUGUGCUGGGUCUCGCACUUACGUUCAUGAACGUAUAUACGAUGAGUUCAUAGAGAAAGCAAAGGCACGUGCACUGCGACGCAUUGUUGGUGAUCCCUUCAAGAAUGGUGUUGAGCAAGGUCCUCAGAUUGACACGGAGCAGUUUGAGAAAGUUCUAAGGUACAUAAGAUCAGGAAAGGAAAGCAAGGCAACCCUUGAAUGUGGAGGUGACAGACUUGGAACAAAAGGAUACUUUAUCCAGCCUACUGUUUUCUCAAAUGUUACGGAUGAUAUGCUGAUAGCACAGGAUGAAAUCUUCGGGCCGGUGCAAUCUAUCCUGAAGUUCAAGGAUAUUGAUGAAGUGAUUAGAAGGGCGAACACAACCCGAUACGGUCUAGCAGCAGGAGUGUUCACCAAAAAUAUAGACACAGCAAACACAUUGACGAGGGCGUUGAGGGUGGGGACAGUUUGGGUUAAUUGCUUCGAUGUGUUUGAUGCCGCAAUUCCUUUCGGUGGGUACAAGAUGAGUGGCAUUGGAAGGGAGAAAGGGAUAUACAGUCUUCAUAACUACUUGCAGGUGAAGGCUGUCGUUACUCCUUUGAAGAAUCCCGCAUGGUUGUAAUUUUCCCUUUGCCUUGUUUCGUUUGGAACAUAAUAAACACACACCACUGACUUUUCUAGUUAUGCUACCAAGAGUUCCUGGAUCAAACAAAAUCAUUGUCUCUUUUAUUGCUCAAA